GAGUCAGUGGGGGAGGAAUAUGCCUGGGAGUGAGUGCUACGGCUCCCUGGGCUGGUGUAUAUACACACACACACACACACGCUGGCGUCACACCAACGUGGGAUCACAUUCACUCUCUCUCGCACCGGCUGGAGCUGUCAGUGACUCAAGAAACAAGAUCGGCCAGAGGAGCUCCAGGCACAUUUCCCUGGAGCAGAUCCGUCCUUUCUAUAUGCACACUGACUGCUCCAUGUUCUGUUGGUGCCCUACCUGGGGGAAAGAAUUGUAUAUCAUUUUCAUAACUGUCUUUAUUUUGGGAUGACAAGCAGAUAAUUGCACCUUCUGUCUUUAUAAAAGUGACAUAGAGCAAGUUCUUUGGGACCUGUUGGUGCCAAUUGGGGAGUGCGAAGGAGGUGCUGUAGGAGGUUGUCGCCAUCCCUGGUACUUGUGUACAUUGCUCGGCAUGGCAGAUGAUCAUUCCCCCCACUAGGAUCUGUUUUGAUCUACUGUAGGAGAUGUUUGCUGUUAGUGUCCCUGCAGCCCAGACCAUGUCUCAGACAGAAGUAGACCUUUCAGGCUGUGGAAUUGCCUUCCUGCCAGAAGAUCCUGCAGAACUUUCUACCUUGGCUGCACUGAGGAGACGGAGGUUGUCUGGAAAAGAACCCAGGAGAAACUCUUAUCAGUUCAACAGGAGAAGUUCAGCUCAGUUGGAACUCUUGGGCUAUGACCCACCUGGGACGUCUUUCUCAGCUUGGUCCCCUGAAGAGCCCACACGCUUGGAAGAAAAAGUGGUCCCAAUUCCGGAAAUGUCGCCCAAUACAACCUUCUGCCCAAGUGCCAAUGCACAGCCAGAUUCUUUGUUGCCCUCUGUGGAACUGUCCAAAACCUCAGAAUCUGGAGAUGAAGCUUCAAGCACUAAAGGGCCUGCUGUGCCUGUCCCUAAACCUGCAUUGGCAGGAAACAGGCGAGAACUGGAGGAGAUUGAGGAGAAUGAGACCAAGGCUGUGGCCACCUCACCAGAUGGGAGAUACUUGAAAUUUAACAUUGAGAUUGGAAGAGGUUCCUUUAAAACGGUUUACAAGGGUUUAGAUACAGAGACAACAGUGGAAGUAGCUUGGUGCGAACUGCAAACCAGAAAGCUGACAAAAGCUGAGAGGCAGAGGUUCAGUGAAGAAGUAGAGAUGCUGAAGGGCCUGCAACACCCAAACAUUGUCAGGUUCUAUGAUUCCUGGAAGACCAUAGUCAAAGGGCAGAUCUGCAUUGUCCUCGUCACUGAACUCAUGACAUCAGGCACCCUGAAGACCUACCUAAAGCGAUUCAAGGAGAUGAAAUUGAAAGUAUUACAAAGAUGGAGUCGUCAGAUCUUGAAAGGUCUUCAUUUCCUCCACACUCGCUGCCCUCCCAUCAUCCACCGUGAUCUGAAGUGUGACAACAUCUUUAUCACAGGUCCCACCGGCUUUGUGAAGAUUGGAGACCUUGGUCUGGCUACCUUGAAAAGUGCCUCCUUUGCAAAGAGUGUCAUAGGUACGCCAGAGUUUAUGGCUCCUGAGAUGUAUGAAGAAAAGUAUGAUGAAGCUGUGGAUGUCUAUGCAUUUGGGAUGUGUAUGCUUGAAAUGGCUACAUCUGAAUAUCCUUACUCUGAAUGCCAAAAUGCAGCACAGAUAUACCGCAAAGUGACCUCGGGCAUGAAGCCAGACAGCUUUUAUAAAGUUAAGGUUCCUGAGCUUAAAGAGAUCAUCGAAGGUUGUAUACGCAUGAACAAAAAUGAAAGGUACACUAUCCAGGACCUCUUGGAACACUCCUUCUUCCAAGAAGACACUGGGGUCCAUGUUGAAUUAGCUGAAGAAGAUGAUGGAAUUAAACCAGCCUUGAAGCUCUGGCUUAGAAUGGAUGACACGAAAAAGCUUCAUGGCAAAUACAAAGAUAACAAUGCCAUAGAGUUCCUCUUUGACUUGUAUAAGGAUAUUGCAGAAGAGGUGGCUCAGGAGAUGGUGGUACUGAAUUUUAUAUGUGAAGGUGACUACAAACUGGUAGCCAAAGCCAUCCGGGACCGAGUGCUAGCCAUAAAAAGAAAAAGAGAAAAGGUAAGAAGGGCUCAGGAGGAGCUGAAGAAGAAAGAAGAGGAGAAACAGCAGAACAUCCAAAAACUUCUUGAUCAGCUGAGAAGUUCUCAGAAUUCAACUCCAUCGCCCAUCUCUGAUGUUGUUCCUGGAGCCACUUUACUCCCUGUCCCCUCUGACUCAACAGAAAGGACGUUUCCCCCAGAGCUAGAGGAACCAGAGGCUGAUCAGUAUCAUUCCUUCAACUUCAGACCCACCUGUUAUUCAUCAGCUACAUCGGACUGCGAAACAGAUGGGUACCUGAGCUCUUCAGGCUGUAUGGAGUCUGUUGAUGGCCAGGGAAAACCUUCCAGUGAUGUCUCACAAGAAGACUCUAAAAGCCCACCCAGCACAGAGCCAGAGAUAUGCUUUCCUGGGAGUCUUGCUGUGAGUGUGAAUACAGAGCAGUUGCCUUUUCCUGGGUUGUCCAGUGAAGUUACCUCACCAGUAGACAGUUUUGCUUCAGAUGUGGCUUCAGGGUUGAGUGAUGGCUGUGAGGGGCUUUCAGCUGGAGAGCGAAGCAUGAGGUCACCUGCCAAAAAGACCGGCGCUAAACUUCUGAGACGCAAAGCACGGUCCAGGCUGAAAAUUAUAAAUAUAUCAGAUAAAUGUGACCGUGUUGUUGAGUGCCAGCUGCAAACAUAUAACAAUAAAAUGGUCACCUUCAGGUUUGACCUGGAUGGAGAUAACCCAGAGGACAUUGCAGCAGUUAUGGUAAACAAUGAGUUCAUCAUGCAGUCUGAGAGAGAGAGUUUUACCAACAGAAUUCGGGACAUUAUUCACCGAGUGGAAACCCUCUUAAAAAAAGAUGUCCACAUGGACAGAGAUGAUGAGGGUGGAGAGUUUAGUAACAGCCCCUUGCCACAUAAUCUACAGGCUGAUCUCCAGCUUCAGGAGCUCUCAAGGUCAUUCUCUUCCUCCUCUUUAAAUGAUCUGGUUUGCCCAAGUCCAAGCAAAGGAGUGCCUUCACAGGGUUAUCUCUUCCAGAGUAGCCCAGUACAGGACAAUGAUAUUUUCGGCACUGCUGGACCUCUUACGUCAUCAGAUCUUGGAUCUAAAUCUCAUCUACAAGCAAUGGCUACAGGUUCUCCUAUGGCAGCCAGCAGAACAUGGCCUUCUUUUGAAACUGUAUCAAAUCCAGCUGUUCCUUACCCCUCUAUUUAUUCGAUGCCAACCUCACAGUCCUAUCCUCCUGCAGUUUUUAGUUCCAUGCAGUCUGGCAACUACCUCUCUUCCCUUCCCCAGCACAUGAUGCCUUCAUCUUCAGCAGGGCCUCUAAGUUCACCAAAUACUGUCUUUCCGAAUCUGAUGGGAAGUCAUCAAAAUUCAUUGCAGCACAUGCUUAACAGUGGGAUGGUGUCACAGAAUAUGAACAAUGCAGUGUCUGCCCUAACAUCUAGUGCCCAGUCAGUGACUCAGUGGUCUCACACUGCACCUAUGUUCUCACUGGCAAAUGUUUUAUCUCUAGCAAUGAGCAUGGCACAAAAUUUAUUCCCAGUAGCAUCUCCUUCAACUGCCCAGCCUCCAGGAAUCCCUCCAGGAGGACCCUUGUUUCCGCAGGCAAUAUCUGGACCAAUUCAAUCUCAAUCUACUCUAAUGUACCCACAAAGCUAUUCACAGCCUCAAAGUCCAGUUAAAGAGGGAUCAUCUGCUCUGGGUCAAUGCCAUUACAUAUAUCCUUCCGGACCUGCACACUCUUCUGGAAUUUUGCUACAGAACAUGUCUGCCCAAAGUUUUCCCAGUGCAGGUGAUACCUUCUCGCAGUCUUUCAUUCAACAGGAGACACUGCCACAGAGUGGGGUGAUUGACAACAACUUGCAGUCUACAAAUAUAUCAGGAUUUCAUCUUCAACACCCACAACCGAUCAAGGAAGGUCCACCUCCAGUUGUUACACCAGACCUGUCAAGGUUGCCACCAGUACUAGGAACCUUCAACGAAGUGUCUUCUACACCCCUUGGAAAUCAGACCUCAGAGGCUACAGGAUCUGUCGUGGGACAGACUAUGAAUAAACCUGUGCAAUCCAUAACUAGUGAAAGUGGUUCACCAUCACCCAUAUCCCUGUCUAAACCUCUGCCAUCAGCUGCCUUAGCCAAUGAAGUCCAAUCAAAGGUUGUAGGAAGAUUCCAAGUCACAACCUCAAAAGAUCUGCAUGAAAGCAGCCCUGAAUGCAGUGUAAACAGCAGCCCUGAAACUUCCAAGAGAUCAGAGGCAAGGUCAUCAGAUACUACUUCUGACAUGUAUGAGACAGCUUCUUCAGAUACAGACAUCAGUACAGAUAAUGCAACAGAGGGAAACGGCUUCUCAGAGCCUGAGAUGUUCUCAUCAUGUAGUAUGGACACAAUAAACAAAGACAAUUGCACACAUGAUACUGAUUCUGAAUCGGAAGCUUUAAGUCAGGAGAGGUUUGGUGGUUUUCAAAAUGACAGUGCUAGACCGACUCCUGUGAGCACAAUUACUGAUACAGACAACUGCCCGUGUGUGCUUAACAUUAAUAGAGCCCCAGAAAGUGAUUUGGGGGAUCAAGUCAAUUCAGGGGUACAGUCUCACAGUAUUGUGAAUGGAGACUCUACACUAGACAACAGAAUGACAGUAGUGGGUGAUGGGCAAGGCAGUGAUUCUGUAUCUUUUAGUGGAGAGGAGAAUGCAGAGAAGACACCUCAACAGAUUUCAACAGUGCAAGUCUAUCUGCACUACACAAGAGGAAUCGUGUACCUCAGCAGUGAUGACACAGAGAGUGAGGAUGAAGAAAUAUUUGAGGAACUACAACAGCUUCGACAGAAACAUAUGUCUGAAGUGCAGUUGUUACAGGCCCUGCAGAAAAAGGAGAUUGAAGAACUAUAUUACCGGAUGGGCAAAGUGCCUCCCCCUGGCAUUGUGUCUCCAGCUGCUAUGUUAUCUAGCAGACAGAGGCGCCUGUCUAAGGGGAGUUUUAAUCCAUCGAGGAGGAAUAGUCUGCAGAGGCUUGAGUUUAUGCCAGCAACUGGUUUCAUUAGGAAGAAUUCACUUGGAGGGAGCAGCACAGGUUCCCAAGAGCAGCGUUUAAACAAAGGUGCAACCUUUUCUGGAGAGAUGACCAGAAUGGCAACUACUGGAAGCUGUAGCAGCGAGGCAAGUGAACAGGAUGAAAAAGUAAAGUAAAUACUCGAAGCAACAAAACACUUGAAGAGAAAUAAAAACCGGACUACCUCAGAGGACUGGCCUUGUGUCGUUUCUGUCUAUAGUGGCGCUAAAGCUUUUGCUAAAUAAAAUCUCCUGCUUGCCAGGAGCUAAACUGGGUGGCCUUGGAUGUAGAUACCGCUUACUAUUGACAAAUGACGUUCUGCUGGAGAACUUGAAGAAAUUUCAUGGCAUGGUCCAUAGCUACCAUAGAGACUGUUACUACCAUGGAAUCUGCUUACAGAUGGGAUCCUUUAAAAGAAUUGGUGCUGCCUAACAUGUACCAUGCUCUCAAAGCCACGGAAGAGUUAUUUUUAGGUUGCCAGUUGGCUAAAGCAUGAAUGUUCAUGACAAGAUAUAGUAAGAGCAGGUUGCUGGUUUCAGCAGAAGUUCUCAUGAUCAUGCACUUUGCACUUCUUUAGAAGAAUACCUGGAAAGUCUUCUUCCAAUUUUUUUUGCUAUUAUUCUCCCCUUAUGUAAAGCUGCCAAUUAUUUUGAAUGUUUAAAUGUGAAUUAGCCAUAGAACUAUGACAUUUGUAGUAUGCUUUGUGUGCAGCACUACACAAGUCUUAUAACCUUUAUCUGAAUGAAUUCAUCCGGAGCUCACAGUUUGUAAAGCUACCAGAGAUAUCCUUCAAAAACGCGUCACAUCCGUGGAGCCGCCAGUGGAGUUUAAAUAUCUUAAACUUCAACCACACAUGCAAAGCUAUAGAGUAUGAACCUAAUUUCCCAGUCUGAUAUUCUUAUCAUCUCAUUCACGUUGCACAAAGCACAUAUACAAACUGGAGUUUUGACAGAAGCCACAAGUUACAACAGAUUUGAUGCUUACGGGUAUCUCAAAGUAAUAAAUAGCUUUAGCCACAGAUCCUUGUGGUGUUCUACAGAGGCAAACAAAUCAUGGGCAAUUGAAACACUGUAUAGGUGAGAGUAUCCAUUACACCUAUGGGUAAUGAAUAACUAACAUUUGGCCUCUUGAUAUUGCUGAAUGCUGCGAUUCUUUAUCGAGGUGCGCAUCUAUGAAUUUAUGCAUGACAAGAACAAUAACCACAUAUCUAUAAAGCAGGUUUGAAUAUUCCAGGGUGAGAUGUUAAAUAAUCAGCCCUAAUAUUUGACAGAUUACCUAUGUUGUAGGUCAUUAUUUGGUAAUGGCAUAUGUAGUGUAUAUCUGGACUAAUUUCUAAUCAGCUGACAAGCAUAUUUUAGGAUAUCCUGCCAACCAUUAACAUUUAGUUGUGUAUAUGCUGUUCUAUUAGCUUCUUUAAGGUUUGGGUUCACCUUUGUCCUCAGCCCUGGUGACACACUUCUUGACACAGGUUUCAGCCUAGUCUGAGCCAGGCCUUUGGGAAUUCUGGGUAAUGUAGUCUGUCCUACAUGUAGAUGCACCUAUGUUUGGGGUAGAGCUUUAGAGAAAUACAAAAGCUGGUAAAACAAAUACAUAUACCCCAGUUGACCUAGUGAGGGAUGAUUCUAAAUCAAUAAACCCCAAAAAGCAUGGAGCUUCCAUGGAUGGAGUGAGCUAGGCAAAUUGUUACAGCAAGGGAUCAUGGUCUGUCCUGAAUUUUAACCUUCACAUACUCCCUUAGCCAAAGGGACUAAAUAAAAAACUGAACUGUUUAUAUCUGUGAGUAUAUACCAAAUCAAUAAAAAAAGGAAAAGUUAAGAAUAUGCCUAAUGUGGGGUUGCAUACAUUUAGACAUAUUCCUGCACAUUUUCCUAUGAAAGUGUUAUAAUGUAUGCGGAUGGUGGGGUUGUCAGCCCCCUCCUCUCCCCGCCUUCAAAACUAAUUUAAUCUAAAACACAAGUGUUGCAUGCAUUGUUUUUAAUUUAGAUGAUUUAUGUGAACCAAUGCAUUAUAUAACCACUUAAAAGUCAAUCAACUAUUUAAAUGCAUCAAUUGGAAGUGAUAUUGCCCUUGCAGUUUUUUUUUUUUUUUAGAAAUUUGUCAUUAUCACUUUAAAAGAGAAUUAAAAGGUCAAUAACUUGG